CAUGAAGCACUCCACGAGGACUCCCAACGACCCUCCGCCAGUCCAACGCGAGACGUGGCUAGGGUAUGUGGGAGAAGCUUUGUUUGACAAUUUCGAAAAGCAGAUACCACAGGAACGCCUAUCCUUUGUCGCCUAUGAUCUCGAUUUGUACACUUCACGUAUUGGAGGAAUACCUGAAUGGUUCCAAGAGUGUUUGCCAAGGGUUGAUAGUGACGGGACGAAACCUAGUUGUAUCGACGACUUCAAUGCGGUCGCGGUCGUAGGAGGAGCAGGAGCGUUAUCUUCCACAGGAGCUUUGAACAAAGAGCUACCACCUGUUUUGGAGGAAGAAGCUGUUUUGGAGGAAGAAGCUGUUCUGGAAGAGGAAGGCAACGAGAAAGAGGAGGCUGAAUCUUGGUCAAAGGUUGGAGGAGGUCAGCAAGAUCGCGCUAGUCUGGACCUCAAGAAGCAAGCCUGCAAGAAGCAAGCAGCCUCAAGCUCACAGGAGCGGCCUUUGCCUUUAGAGAAGCCUUGGAAUUUGUGUCUUAGUUGUGGCAAGUCUUUGACCUUUGUGUGCCAACUCUAUUGUCCUCUGGAGGAAUCCGAUGCGGCGCCUCACCGUCUAUUGCAUCUUUUCGGAUGUAAUAAUGGGUGCGCGGCGAUACCUAGGGGAUGGCGAGUGUUUCGGAGUAAGCUGAAAACACCUAGACCACCUACGCCAGUUGUCAUUCCAUCCUCUGGUGGCAGCGCGGCCGAUCAGGUUUCUUCACAGGAGGAGACGGCACUCCUGACUGCCAUAGCAGAAGAAGUCACAGCAGUUGUCCCGGAGCAAUUGCAUGAAGAGAAACAAGAAGACCUUGAUGAAGAGGACGAUUGGACUUUGGGUGGCGGUGAGGACGGCUUCAAGAUGGACAGCUUUGACGCCUUUUUAUCAGCGAAAGAGACUUCAUCUACUGCAAAUCAUGGAGGAACAUCAGAUCCAUUGUUCAGCUUCGGCUCUACUACCGUCUUUGGCAUGUCCAGUUCCAGCAGCUCGAUUGGUACCACCACCGCGUCCCUAAGAGACGCGUUAGCACCGGCUUCAGCAUGCGUUCCUGGUAUCGAGCUAGGACGAUCAUGGCCUUGCUUUCACCUGCCGAUGGCGCCGGAACCGACUCAGAAAAGCCGCCUCUUAAAAAGCGAACUGGAACGGGCAGAAGUGUUAUUGAAAAAGUACUUGCAAGACGAGCAAAAAGAACAAGAAGUGGAGGAACAAGGACAAAGGCAAAGCGCCAGUUCCUCCUCGUCCGCUCUGCCUGGUGCGCAAGAACAAGGGCAAAGUCCAGCAGAAGAGCAGCAAUCUAGCGAGCAAGUAAGAGCGCUUUUACUAGAGUCGAGUAAGAAGAAACUCCGAGAUGAAGAGGAUGACGACGAAGAAGACGACCAUUUGCUAGAUGGCAAGCCAGUACUGGAUGCAGAGGAGGAGGAUCUAGACACCGUAUGUGGCGAAUUUGCAAAGUUUCAACGUCGUGUGCAACUCUCUCCUGAACAGAUUCUGAGGUAUCGCUUCGGUGACAACAAGUACCUGAGAGUUUUCAGCUCAAAGAAUGCUACGUCCGCGCCAACAAGACAUAAUUGCCACAAGACGACCAAGAAUUCGCCCAACAGCCGCUCUCCUACAUCCAGUUCCACUACUCGUCCCUGCCCAAGCUGUGGUGGACCUCGUGUCUUUGAGUUUUCUCUGUUGCCGACUUUUCUCUACCAAAUCGCCAAAAAGUGUCCUCGAACAUUACAUGCGAUCAAAAAGCAAGCGCAAGGUGCUGCUUCAAGAUCCUCUAGAAGUAGACACGAGGAAGACAUGGAUUUUGGAGCAGUGCAUGUUUUCACAUGUGCCAAUGACUGUGACGCGGCUUUUGCCAGUCCAGUGGAGGAGGCGGUUGACGUCGAGGAAGCUAUAUAGGCAACACGAACACAGACGUGGCUGUCAUGCAAAGUAGUCUCCUACACACCCAUGGAUGAUCACGACAACGUGACAUUUUUUACAUUAUACAAAUUCCCAACACACUCGGCCACAGCCACACUAGCGUCAAAAUUACAU